CAAUUGUUAUUUGUCGGUGUCGGCUAAGUUAUUCUAAUGAUUAUGUUGAUGUGAUUUCAUUUAUAUUUUACUUGGGUUUAGCUUUCAUUUAAGUUUUUAAUUGGAUUAAAGUUUAAAAUGUCGGAAAAUGAGCUCGAUGAUGCGUAAGAAAACCCAAGUCUCAUUCGUUAUUCGGGACGAGGAGGAGAAGAGGCAUAAAAACGGUGUCAGCUCACUUCAAUUGGAUCCUGUACAAGGAAGGCUUUAUACCGCCGGUCGAGAUGGCAUCAUUCGCGUAUGGCAUGCUGGGAACGGGUCCCAGGACCGCUAUAUACAAAGCAUGGAGCACCACACGGACUGGGUUAAUGAUAUCGUGCUCUGUUGCGGUGGAAAAAACCUUAUUAGUGCUUCUUCGGAUACUACAGUAAAAGUAUGGAACGCUCCUAAAGGAUUUUGUAUGUCCACGUUAAGGACUCAUAAAGAUUAUGUACGCACGUUGGCAUACGCAAAAGAUAAAGAACAAGUUGCUAGUGCUGGAUUAGACCGAGCUAUAUUUUUAUGGGAUGUUAAUACUUUAACUGCUUUAACUGCUAGCAACAAUACAGUAACUACAUCUAGUCUUGUUGGUAAUAAGGAAUCCAUUUACAGUCUUGCUAUGAAUCCACCUGGAACUAUCCUGGUUAGUGGUUCUACUGAAAAAGUCCUCAGGGUUUGGGAUCCUAGAAAUUGUUCACGUCUCAUGAAAUUAAAAGGACAUGCAGAUAAUGUAAAAGCUCUGGUUGUCAGUAGAGAUGGCUCACAAUGUGUGUCAGGUAGCUCCGAUGGUACCAUCAAGCUAUGGUCAUUAUCACAACAGCGGUGUGUAUCAACAAUCCGAGUACAUUCUGAAGCAGUUUGGGCCCUGUUGGCUACUGAAACAUUUAGUCAUAUCAUAUCUGGAGGUCGAGACAGGCUAGUUAUCAUAACAGAGUUAAGAAACCCCGACAACUUCAUGAUCGUCUGUGAAGAAUCAGCACCAGUACUCAAAUUAUGUUUUACAGCAGAUCAACAAGGUGUUUGGGUUUCUACAUCAGAUUCAGACAUAAGGUGUUGGAAACUUCCUCCAGUUAACACAUUGAAUACAGAAAUGUAUAACCAAAACAAUUACAAUACUAAUAAUGUGUAUCAAACACAACCCUUGCAUCACAUACCAGGCGGACGUGCCAUAAAAAACUAUACAGUACUAAAUGAUAAGAGACACAUUUUGACUAAGGACACAUCAAACAAUGUUGUAUUAUAUGAUGUCUUAAAAGCUUCUAAAGUUGAGGAUUUAGGUGAAAUUGACUAUGAUGAAGAAGUUAAGAAACAUUUUAAGAUGGUAUAUGUUCCGAAUUGGUUUAAUGUUGAUUUGAAAACUGGAAUGCUUACAAUACACUUAGGACAGGAUGAGACUGAUUGUUUUAGUGCUUGGGUGAGUGCAAAAGAAGCUGGAUUGACAACAGAGAAUGAUCAGAAGGUUAAUUUUGGGGCUUUAUUGUUACAAGCAUUAUUGGAGUAUUGGAAUCAUCCAAAUAGAGUAAAUGAGGGUGGCCAAAAAGUAUUUGGAAAUAAUUUCUUUUCAGUUCCACUACAUACACCGCUUAUUUUUAGUGAGGUUGGUGGAAGAACAUUGUAUAGGCUUCAGGUUGGUGAUGCAGGUGGCGAAACAGAAGGCAACAUUUUGUUAGAAACAGUGCCCUCAUGGGUUGUAGAUGUAGCAAUAGAGAUGGCUGCACCUAAACUAAACAAACUACCAUUUUACUUGCUACCACAUUCCAGUUGCCAAAGCAAACAGGAUAGACAGAAAAAAGAUCGUCUUGUAGCCAAUGAUUUCAUCCAAUGCCGUAAAGUUGCCGAGCAUGUUGUGGAAAAAAUAAUUGGUGGUGGAGAUGUGAACGGGUCUGGUACAGCCAAGACUGAGGAGAAUUCUGAUGCACCUGAAGAAAAAGUUGAACUGCUUUGCUGUGAUCAGGUUUUGGAUCCCAACAUGGACCUACGUACAGUGCGUCACUUUAUAUGGAAAUCUAAUGUAGAGUUCACACUACACUACCGAAUAAUAAAGCAAUGAAAUUCAGUAACACUUCAUACGGGAUUAAGGAUUUGUUGCUCGACUCACAGCAUAUUUAAUUUUUCCUCUGAGACAUCUUAGUACUUGAAUUUGUGGUUUGAGAGCAAUCUAACAUUAUAUGUUUACUUAGUGUAGGAUGAAGUUCUGUUAUAAAAUCUAAAAUAAUUCAUCGCUGGCUAUUUAUAGUCCAUUCACAUCCUAACAAUAUUCAUAACCAACUACAUUUUUUAUGAUUGAGUCAAUGUAAAGCCUUAAAAUGGUGUGAAGUAUUAAAUUAGAAAGCUGUUGCAAUAGUGAAAUCAGUGCUAAAUGAUCUUUACCAAGUAAAACUGUGUUUACUUAUUACUAAAGAACGAGACCUUAGCUGUGAAAUCAAUUUAUUUAAUAACAGUUAUCAAACAAGUUUUUUAGUUAGUGUGUCUAUAUCUUAAACUGUACUGUCAGUUACUAGACUGUCUUUAACUGGUAUCAUAUAGAAAUGUACCAAAACUUAUCUAAGUAUACUCUGAUUUUUAAUUCCUUAGAAUUCUGACAGCUAAAAUUUUUUGACAUGUCAGAGAUGACAAACCUUUUCGGCCAGGCACAUUUUUCAAUUUCAAUACGUAAUGUAUGCAUUUUGUUAAGUGCAGUGCUCCACAAUAAAGGAGGUUUUACGUUGAGUGAUAAUAACGUCCCUCUUCACCUAAACAGUAACAAAAAGCACUAGUAAAGGGGACUUUUUUUAAUUUUGUUAAACUUUACUAAACCUUAAAUUAGUAGGCGGUGUUGCCAGCUAAAUAAUAAAAUAAAGUAAUUAAAGUUAAUUUGAUAUGUUGUUCGUGAUAUUUAAAUAUGUUAUUUUGUCGAUUAAGUUUAGUUUAGAUUUACCUUGGGUAAAGCAUAAAAAUACGUAGCAUUUUCCAUGGAUAACUUUUUUAGUAGCAACACUUAUGAAAUGUCUGAAUUUUAUAGAAUAAAAAAUCAGAGUAUAGAUGUAUAUGACUUCAUUAGUAAAAGUAAAAAUACUUGCCUCACCCUAUGUGCGUAAUCUGAAAAGUAGAAAUAAAAGGAAUAUUGCCACAAAAGAAUUGUUUUGUAUGUUGAAUAGCAAUUUGAACUUUCAAAUAUUUUGAUUUGUGACGAUGUACAUUUUUCUAAUUUGGUGUGGUGUAAUGUGUCACCACAUUGGUAUUUAAAUAUAAUUUAUUUGUCAAAAAUUAUGUGAUUUGAAUUAUUUAGAAAAUAAAAAAACACUAGUUGUUUAUUCUUUAAGAAUAAUGAGAAUUGUUUUUUGUUAUGUGGCCUAUUGACAAAUUUCUGUACUGUAUUUGUUAUUUGUAUUGUAAAAGAAUAUUAUAAUAAUUCACCUUGCACUUUCAUUCAAAGUUUUGUGAUAGAAAAGCAUCAAAAUCUUUCCUCCUUGAGUUGGUGAACUAACCUGGAGGAACCAGUAAAUAAAAUCAAGAUGUGUACUCAGCUGUUUGGAAUAUAACUUAGGUGCAUAUUAAAAGUUAGUCUUUUAUGAAAAUUAUUUCGACAAAUUUUUAAAGUUAAAAUAGAUUUCAGGAGAAUUAUGAUACAUAAUUGUCAUUGAGUUUUUGAGCAGAAUGUAUUUAAACUAUUGAAGAUCAAAAAUUUGGCCGUGAUUUUUUAAAAAUGAUUUUCUGUUUAUUAAAACAAUUUUUAAUAUUUUUGUCUUUUUCAAUGAAUAUUAUUUUAGUGUAUAAAACAGUUACAUAAUGAACAGCUAAAAAAUAUGUAAAAUAAAUGUUUAUUGUCAAUACUUAACAAUAGGCAGUUAAAUUAUUAUAAAUAGUAUUGGUUAUGUUUGAUAUUGUAUUCAAAUAAACUGGUUCUGUAAAUACAUCUUACAAUUUUGUAUCCCCAAUUUUUAAGAUGAAGUAUUUUGGUUCUAUUAGCCCUGUCAAAAAAAUAAAAAAGUAUGUAUAUGCAAUAUGCAUUACACAAGCUAAUGGCUAUGUCUAUUGAACAUACUGAGUUUUUUUCUUCGUUUUUAUUUCCGUUUAUUUUCAAAUAUUUCUAUGAAUCCUGUAACGAACGAUCCUGUCUAACGAUCACAAUUCACGGAUCGGCUUUUAUAUAGGAGUGAUUUUAGUUGUUUCAUAUAGAGAUUCCAAAUUCAAGUAAACUCGAGGAUAUAAAGGUUCAAAAAAUAUUUCAUUUUAUGGUUGUGGGUCACGAAAUGAUGACGGAUUAACUGGAGGCAGUUUUAGUCCAAAAAUCUCUCUCUCAAAAACAAGACGCCUACUGACGUUGAAAUCUUGCAAAGGUCUCAUAUUUGGAUACGGGGGCCAAAUAACUUUGAUCAGUUAUGGGCUUCGUAAUAUCCAUUGUUGAAUUUUGCAUAACACAAACUAAAUUGUUUGUAGUAACCGGCGCUAUGCUGAAAUAAGUGAGCAUGUUUUUGAACUUCUAUCAG